AUGUUGGAACCCUCCAACUCAUCCUCCACUCCCACUAGUGCGUCCUUUUAUGAGGCCACUGAUGGCGAUAUUAUCAUCAAGAACCUGGCGCCUCUGCUCGUUCAAUCCGCCUACGCUUGCGGAAGUUCGGUUCUCGUGAAGGAGCGCACCAAGGCUGGGGAGGAGGGCAUCACAACCCCAGUGACCAUUCGCUGGGACGGUGUGGAGCUUACCAAGAAGCUGACCCUGCCACCUUCUGAAAACACUACAAGCGUCAAGGCCAUUAUCCAGGACUUGCUCGAGACUUCACAGCCUGCCAGCUUCGGGUUUAAAGGCCAGGAUGUGGUUGAUGAAUCAUACAGAAAGGCGCCUAAGCUUGACCCUUCUGCAUUCUCAACCAACUUUUGCCCUUACACAGCCGGCAUCAUCGAUACCAUAGGUUAG